AUGACGGCUAUGAAACGAGGAAGAGGAAGACCUAGGAAGAACGAAUCUAAAGCGAAUGAAACGCCGAAAGUAAGUUCAAAAUCAAGUGAAAACGAUGACAAUAAUAAUGGUAACAAUGACAACAUUGGAAUUAUCAAGUCUGCUGUGGUAGAGGCAACUAGAAGAAGACCAAGAAGGACUGCCGCUAGAAAAGUGACACCAGAUCCAGAGGCUGAACUUGGUGUUCAACUUGAUAAAGAAGAUGAAGAUGAAGAAUUCGUGCCAGAAGUAGAUGUCGAUGAGGAAACGCAGAAACCAGAUAAGAGAAGGAAAACCAGAUCUCCUAAAACAUCAAUUGAGAUCAAUUCAUCUAAAGUUCAGCAGAGAGGAUCCAACUUAGAACGUAAAGGUAAAAUCAUUAGAGCAUUAAAAGAUUUAUCGUCAGCAAGAGAUAAAAUUGAACGAAUUUACGGUUUAAAUGAGCAUAAAUUAUUAAGAUUGGCCAAAGUGAAAGAAGGCUUUGAACCGUAUUUGUUUUGUUUCCCCUCAGAAAUGAUUCAACGGGAUUCACCGUAUUACGUCGAUUGCAAACCACCUUGUUCGAUAGACAACGUUUAUGAUAAGGUCAUACCAUCAACUUCCAGCUUAAAAUUCCACGACAUAGAUGUAAAGGAAUUGGAUCAAAUAUUUACUAAGAAUAAAAAGGAGCAUAAAAUUAUUAUCAAUGAGUCCGAGACCGCGCUGCAAUCUGAACAGUCGAUGGAAUUCCCCGUUCUACCAUAUGGGAAAAGACACGGAUUUGUGUAUAACAGUGGUGGAUUCAUUACUGAUAUGGCGUGGUUAUCUCAAGACGAAUCUGACGAUCAAUAUUUGGCGGUAGCACUCUCACAGUAUUUUGAAAGGCCAUCGGACAGCCAUUUAAGAAUGUUUGAAUCCGAAUCUCAUACCUCUUGCAUUGAAAUAUUCAGACUGAAUACAAAUACUUUGAAAUUUACCAAAUUGCAAACUCUUGCCCAUUCAUUCGGUGAGAUUUGGAAUUUAAAAUGGCAUGAAGGAUGCGAGAAAAAUGGUGUGCUCGGGGUACUGGCGUUCGUUUGUCAGAAUGGUUCAUUUAAACUAACAGAGGUGACAGUUCCUAAUGACGACUCACACGUAGUACGAUUUUUUGAUGAAGCUUCGUUAUCGGUUUCCAUGCCAAACACCAACAUUACGUGCUACGAUUUUUUAUCACCGACCUCAAUAAUAUGUGGAUUUAAAAAUGGAUUUGUUGCGGAAUUCGAUUUGACAGAUCCUGAAUUUCCUUCCUAUUAUCACAAAAUGCAUGAUUCUUACGUUAUUUCCAUCUGUGUGGCUUCUUCAGAAACGGAAAGAACAACAGUAGGGACCCUAUCAGUGGAUGGUUAUUUUUAUAUCUUUGAUGCCAAGGAAAUUUUCACUUCGAAACUGGAAGUAACCAGAUUCCGUGGAACUAAUAUCAUUCCAAUUGCUUAUCUACCUCAACUUUAUGCAUUCGUACACUCAGAUGGUACCAACUCUUUGAAGACAGUUGUACCGCGAGCCGCGUUCGGUAUGCACACAAUUGCAUUACAAGAAACUACCAUAGUGUCCGUAGGGACUUCUAGAUUACACCCGUUAGUCUUGAAUGGUAGUUCUGAUGGAAAUAUAGCUAUUGACAAUGUAUCCAGAAGGGUAUUAACAGGUAUUAAGAAUAGUUCAGUUGCUCACUGUUCACUGAGAUUGUGGAAAUGGGAGUACAGCAAACGAGAAGACAAAUAUCGAUUAAACCAUAACUAUGAAAUCUACAAACCAAGCAUAAACGAAAUAAGCGGAGUUAAAAUUGACGCACAUGGUGUCAACAUAUCAUGCAUUAAGUGGAAUGAAACCAGUGCUGCUGGACAAUUUUAUGCCUUUGCCAACAGUGCCGGACUGCUGACAAUAGAAAAAUUAGGAAAUGACUAA